ACUUGACUGAAAGGGGCUGGGCGAUACUUAAUUUCAUUAAAAGGUAAUAAAAUUAUCCCUGCACGACUCGGACCCGUUUCAGCGAGUUAAGUGUUUUCGAAUGUUACCUUGCUGUUAAAAGAGGCGAGGCUAUCGAACAGAGCGUCAGUCGGGUGGUUUGUGCAGUCAUCAGCGAAAAACCGUGGACACGACGAGGAGAAGCAGAAGCAGGAGCAGCUGUCCCGCAGUUUGUGAACCAAUUUACUGACAUUUCCAAGAGACUUUUUUAUUUCACUCAUACCUGGAUUAUUUAACUUCAGAUAUCCGAGAGAAGCCUUGAAGACAUCACUAUUGCGGUUCGUUUCGUGGCCAUUUGUUUAAAAAAACAACAACAACAGCGUAGAGACAUCAUCAUGUCUGUGGACUCGAGGUUACCUCUUCCGCGGAGUCUGGCGGAUCUAAUUCCGUCCACGAUGUCGGCUGCGAUGAUGCCACACUUCCCGUACUACUACAGCCAAGCGCAGCUGGAGCACCUGAAGUCGUGUCACAACUCCAUGUUGGCGGGCACGGCGCCAUCGUUGUUCACCAUCGACAGCAUCCUCGCCCCGAGACCCAUCAUGGCUCACCGGCACAACCCUUACUUCCCCUACCACGGCCUGUCUCCAGCCUGCUCCCCGCAUGAUAUUUUUGCUGCUUACCAACCAUUCCCGGGGUUCAUGAAUCCGGCCGAACUUGCACGAGCGAGUCAGAAGCGGAAGCGACGACAUCGUACGAUCUUUACCGAGGAGCAACUGGAGCAGCUAGAAGCGACGUUUCAGAAGACUCAUUACCCGGAUGUAUUGUUGAGGGAAGAAUUGGCCAUCAAAGUUGAUCUGAAAGAGGAACGCGUGGAGGUUUGGUUCAAAAACCGACGAGCAAAGUGGAGGAAACAAAAGAGAGAAGAAGAAACAGCGAAACGGACGCCAACAGAUAGCACAGCAACACGAACGAGUAAUACGGAAAAUGCCGAAGAUAAAGAUGCUGAUACUUCGAUUUGUGUUGAUGACGAUACGGACGAUUCGGACAUUCACGGAGAUCACGAAUGUAGUGCUUCGUUAGAUCUCGGACACUACAAUCCCGAAAAGAAUAAGUGUGUCAGUACCCCCAGUGACAGUGAAACGCACCACGUGCAUUCACAACCACACACACACGUAGACUCGUCUGCUGCUGUUUCGCCUUGAUGAAUAAUCACUGGAUUUUAUUAGAGUGAGGAAAAAACCCACAUCCAUAUUCUGCCACGGUGUUCUGGCAGCCAUUGUGCUAGUCGAAAUGAAAUCUGGUAUCUGCAAAACAAGACUGGUCUGGACAGAUAUAGAUAUCACAUUUCCGGGCAGACCUGAAGACCGAGACAUCAAACUAGUCCAAAUCGACACUACCAGAAACGACCUAUUUCCUUUAAAUUCACAAACAUCGGCAAUGGCAGGAAACGUCAUUCAAAAACAUUAAUCCAGAGACGAAAUUAUUUAUAAAGUCUUUUAAGGUUGUUCAUAUAUAUGUGUGUGUGUAUUUGUAUAUGUAUAUGUAUAUGUAUAUGUAUAAUAUGUAUGUGUAUGUGUAUGUAUAUGUAUAUGUAUAUGUAUAAUAUGUAUAAGUAUAUGUAUAAUAUGUAUAAGUAUAUGUAUAAUAUGUAUAUGUAUAUGUAUAUGUAUAUGUAUAUGUAUAAUAUGUAUAUGUAUAUGUAUAUUUACAGUUAAAUCCAGUUGGCUAGAACCCCGUCUGGGUCCGAGAAAGUGUUCGCACCAUCGGGGUAGUUCGACCUAAACAUUCGGUCAAUAUAUAAUUUACACCCCCCCCCCCCCCCCCCCACACACACACACACAUACAUAUACUAUAUAAGACGUGAAUAGAUUUCUUUUGAUAUGUUUCAGAGACACUGUUUAUUAUAUAUUAUAUUAUAGUACUAUUAUGUUUUCGUCAUUGACGAAUUAUUACGAAACACGCAAUGUUCUUUAUGUUGCUAUUGAGUGCGUCCUGUACAAAUUGAUUGAAGUUACGCAAUGGUAUUUAUUUCUUUUGUAUUAUAUGUAAAUUACAUGUUAGAGACUGUUGCAUUACACCAAAUACGUGCACUCGAAUAAACAAGUUAUACGCU